CUCUCAUUUGUUCCUUUUUUUUUUUAAUUUGAGUUUCGAGUGAUAAAACACACCCCUCUUUAUAUCCCUGUUUUGUCAUUUCCUCUCUACCUUCCCUUUUCUUCAAUCGCCGGCAUUCGGCGGAGAUUAAGAAAAGAUAACAAGCAGGAGAACAGAAAAUCUUCAUUAAACCGGAGAUCGGUAAAAAACUAUCUUUAAAAUUGUGAGAGAGAAGAAUGUCGGAAGAAGAAAAAUUAUUAAAAGAGGCAAAGAAGUUACCGUGGGAAGAUCGGUUAUUACAUAAGAACUGGAAAGUUAGAAAUGAGGCUAACAUCGAUUUGGCUGCGUUUUGUGAUUCUAUCACCGAUCCUAAGGAUCCUCGUCUUCGUGAAUUCGGUCCAUUAUUUAGAAAAACAGUUGCGGAUUCGAAUGCGCCUGUUCAAGAGAAGGCUCUUGAUGCGCUGAUUGCUUUUUUAAGAGCUGCUGAUGCUGAUGCUGGAAGGUAUGCAAAAGAAGUUUGUGAUGCCAUUGUGGCGAAAUGCCUCACUGGUCGACCAAAGACAGUCGAGAAAGCUCAGGCAUCGUUCAUGCUUUGGGUGGAGCUAGAGGCUGUUGAUGUUUUUCUGGAUGCAAUGGAGAAAGCAAUUAAGAACAAAGUUGCCAAAGCCGUUGUGCCUGCAAUUGAUGUCAUGUUCCAAGCCUUGAGUGAAUUUGGAGCCAAGAUUGUUCCCCCAAAGAGGAUUUUAAAGAUGCUUCCAGAAUUGUUUGACCAUCAGGAUCAGAAUGUUCGUGCAUCCUCCAAAGGACUAACACUGGAGCUUUGUCGUUGGAUCGGAAAAGACCCAGUAAAAUCAAUUUUGUUUGAGAAGAUGAGGGAUACAAUGAAAAAAGAACUGGAGGCUGAGCUUGUUAAUGUUACGGGGACAGCUAAGCCAUCUCGCAAGAUUAGAUCUGAGCAAGACAAGGAGCCAGAGCCUGAAGCUGUAUCAGAAGUUGCAGGUCCUGGCCAGUCAGAAGAAGCUGCAGCUGAUGCUCCUCAGGAAAUAGAUGAGUAUGAGCUUGUUGAUCCUGUAGACAUUUUGACUCCUUUGGAGAAGUCUGGAUUUUGGGAUGGGGUGAAAGCGACCAAGUGGUCGGAAAGAAAGGAGGCUGUCGCAGAGCUGACGAAGCUUGCUUCCACAAAAAGGAUAGCACCUGGUGAUUUCUCAGAAGUUUGUCGGACACUGAAGAAGCUUAUAACAGAUGUGAAUAUUGCUGUCGCAGUUGAAGCCAUCCAAGCUAUUGGCAAUCUUGCGAGAGGUUUAAGAACUCAUUUUUCUGCGAGUUCUCGGUUCUUAUUGCCAGUUUUGCUUGAAAAAUUGAAAGAGAAAAAACCUGCUCUUACUGAGUCACUUGCACAAACUCUUCAAGCAUUGCACAAGUCUGGCUGCUUAAGUCUUGUGGACAUUGUUGAAGAUGUUAAGACAGCUGUAAAAAACAAAGUUCCUCUUGUCCGCUCGUUAACUUUGAACUGGGUAACAUUUUGUAUUGAAACAAGUAACAAGGCCGUUAUUUUGAAGGUGCAUAAGGAUUAUGUCCCUAUCUGUAUGGAGAGCCUUAAUGAUGGGACUCCUGACGUGAGGGAUUCAGCAUUUUCUGCUUUGGCAGCAAUUGCUAAGUCGGUUGGCAUGAGGCCUUUGGAGAGGUCAUUGGAGAAACUUGAUGAUGUUAGAAGAAAGAAGUUGUCUGAAAUGAUAGGGGGUUCAGGAGGGAAUGCGUCAGGUGGCACAAGCUCAGCUACAGUUCAAGCUGUUAGUGGGAGCGUGUCUUCUACAGAGGCAUCAGAAGGAUCAUUUGUUAGAAGGUCAGCAGCAAGCAUGCUUUCUGGGAAGAAGCCCCUUCCGGCAGCUCCUGCUAACAAAAAAGGAGGACCUACUAAAUCAGGCACCAACAAGAAAGGAGAUGGGGCUGGGAGGACUGAAACUUCAAAAGCAAUUGAACCACCUGAAGAUGUUGAGCCAGCAGAAAUGAGUCUUGAAGAGAUUGAAAGUAGAUUAGGCUCUCUUAUACAAGCAGAAACUGUUUCUCAACUAAAAAGCACUGUGUGGAAAGAGAGGCUUGAAGCUAUAUCCUCCUUGAAACAACAAGUUGAAGGACUUCAGGGCCUCGAUCAGUCUGUGGAGAUUUUGAUUCGUUUACUUUGUGCAAUUCCUGGUUGGAAUGAGAAAAAUGUUCAGGUUCAGCAACAAAUGAUAGAAGUUAUUACUUACCUAGCUUCAACUGCAACGAAAUUUCCAAAGAAAUGUGUGGUGCUUUGCCUUCCGGGUACUAGUGAACGGGUAGCGGAUAUUAAAACCCGAGCUCAUGCCAUGAAGUGCCUUACCACUUUCUGUGAGGCUGUAGGUCCAGGAUUUAUUUUUGAGAGACUUUACAAGAUCAUGAAAGAGCACAAGAAUCCUAAGGUUCUUAGUGAGGGAACAUUAUGGAUGGUUACAGCAGUCGAGGAUUUUGGUGUUUCACUUCUGAAGCUUAAGGAUUUAAUUGAUUUCUGUAAAGAUAUUGGGUUGCAGUCAAGUGUGGCUGCAAGCAGAAAUGCCACCAUUAAGCUUCUAGGUGCUUUGCAUAAAUAUGUUGGUCCAGAUAUUAAAGGGUUUCUUUCUGAUGUUAAACCUGCAUUGCUUAGUGCACUUGAUGCUGAGUAUGACAAAAAUCCUUUUGAGGGUGCUUCUGCUGCUCCAAAGAAAACAGUUAGGGCUUCAGAAUCAAUGAGUUCUGUUUCUGCUGGUGGGUUGGACAGUCUGCCACGCGAAGAUGUUAGCGGAAAAGUAACACCUACUCUGCUGAAGAGCAUGGAAAGUCCUGAUUGGAAGGUUCGUUUGGAGUCAAUUGAAGCUGUAAAUAAAAUUAUUGAAGAGGCUAAUAAACGCAUUCAGCCAACUGGAACUGGUGAGUUGUUCGGUGCUCUGAGAGGACGUUUGUAUGACAGCAAUAAAAAUUUAGUCAUGGCAACUUUGACCACCAUUGGCGGUGUUGCAUCUGCUAUGGGACCAGCCGUUGAGAAGUCAAGCAAGGGCAUUCUCGCAGAUAUUUUGAAGUGUCUUGGUGACAAUAAGAAACAUAUGAGAGAGUGUGCUUUGACUACUAUAGAUUCUUGGUUAGCUGCUGUUCAUCUAGAUAAAAUGAUCCCGUAUAUUGCAACAGCGUUGAUUGAUGCUAAGCUUGGUGCUGAAGGGCGUAAGGAUCUAUUUGAUUGGUUGUCAAGGCAACUUUCUGGAUUAAGUGAUUUUUCUGAUGCUGUACAUCUGUUGAAACCAGCUGGCUCUGCUAUGACGGACAAAUCAUCAGAUGUUCGAAAAGCGGCUGAAGCUUGCAUCACGGAGGUCUUGAGGGUUUCUGGUCAAGAAACAGUUGAGAAGAAUUUAAAAGAUCUUCAUGGACCAGCCUUAGCUCUAGUUCUUGAAAGAGUGAAACCUUAUGGUGCAUUUCAAGAAUCAUUCGACUCUGCUAAAACAAUUUCCAUGGGGCCAACAUCCAAAACAAAUGCAAAGGUUGGAAAAUCUGCUACCAAUGGUGUUCCAAAGCAUGCAAAUAGAAUCACGUCUUCGAGAGCCAUACCAACAAAAGGCUCAAGGUCAGAGCCGAUGAUGUCUGUCCAGGAUAGAGCUGUUCAGUCUCAAGCUCUGUUGAAUGUUAAAGACUCCAACAAGGAGGAUAGGGAGAGAAUGGUAGUCCGCAGGUUUAAGUUUGAAGAGUUACGGAUAGAACAGAUUCAAGAUCUUGAGAAUGAUAUGAUGAAAUAUUUCAGAGAGGAUUUACACAGGCGGCUCUUAAGUGCAGAUUUUAAAAAACAAGUUGAUGGGCUUGAGAUGCUACAGAAGGCGCUUCCAUCCAUUGCCAAGGAACUGAUUGAAGUUCUGGAUAUUCUUCUGAGGUGGUUCGUUUUGCAGUUUUGUAAAUCCAACACAACUUGUCUGUUGAAGGUACUGGAAUUUCUUCCUGAACUUUUUGACAUGCUGCGGGAUGAAGCCUACACAUUGACUGAAUCAGAAGCAGCUAUUUUUCUUCCGUGCUUGAUAGAAAAGUUGGGGCAUAAUAUUGAGAAAGUACGAGAAAAAAUGCGUGAGCUUACUAAACAGAUUGUCCAUGCAUAUUCUGCAUCAAAAACUUUUCCAUAUAUUUUGGAGGGCUUGCGCUCUAAAAACAACCGUACACGAAUAGAGUCUGCGGAUCUUGUUGGAUUCUUGAUCGAUCAUCAUGUCGCCGAGAUUAGUGGACAACUAAAAUCCCUGCAAAUUGUUGCAAGCUUGACAGCAGAGCGGGAUGGUGAAACUAGGAAAGCUGCUUUAAACACACUUGCUACUGGCUACAAGAUUCUUGGUGAGGACAUUUGGCGAUAUGUUGGAAAGCUUACAGAUGCUCAGAAAAGCAUGUUAGAUGAUAGAUUUAAGUGGAAGGUACGAGAGAUGGAAAAGAGAAAGGAAGGGCGGCCAGGUGACUCUAGAGCUGCUUUGAGACGCUCUGUCAGGGAAAAUGGGUUUGAUUUAGCAGAACAAAGUGGGGAAGUAUCACAAUCUGUUUCUGGCCCAACAUUUUUGAGGAAAAACUAUAGUCCACAUGAGCUUCACAUGGAUAGACAGAUAAUGCCUCAUGCAGUGACUAGUGUCAGUGGGCCCACUGAUUGGAAUGAAGCUUUAGAUAUCAUUUCCUUUGGUUCCCCAGAGCAGUCGGUUGAAGGAAUGAAAGUUGUGUGCCAUGAGUUGGCACAGGCCACUGGGGAUCCAGAAGGCAGUGCUAUGGAUGAGCUCGUGAAAGAUGCUGAUAGACUUGUUUCGUGCUUGGCGAGCAAGGUAGCCAAGACUUUUGACUUCAGCUUGACUGGAGCUUCAUCAAGAUCCUGCAAAUACGUCCUUAACACACUCAUGCAGACAUUUCAAAAUAAGAGACUUGCUCAUGCUGUCAAAGAGAGCACUCUUGAUAGUCUAAUAACAGAGCUUCUACUCUGGCUAUUGGAUGAAAGGGUUCCCCAUAUGGAUGAUGGUAGCCAACUGCUAAAAGCAUUAAAUGUCUUAAUGCUUAAGAUUCUGGAUAAUGCUGAUAGAACUUCGUCCUUUGUUGUCCUGAUUAAUCUCCUACGUCCAGUGGAUCCUUCAAGAUGGCCUUCAUCUGCAUCAAGUGAGACAUUUGCUAUUAGAAAUCAGAAGUUCUCUGAUCUUGUUGUCAAAUGCCUAAUAAAACUCACAAAGGUUCUUCAAAGCACUAUAUAUGACGUUGAUCUUGACCGCAUCCUUCAAAGCAUCCAUAUAUAUCUGCAGGAAUUGGGGAUGGAAGAAAUUAGAAGAAGAGCUGGCGCGGAUGACAAGCCAUUGCGCAUGGUGAAAACUGUUCUACAUGAACUUGUUAAGCUUCGUGGAGCUGCAAUAAAGGGCCACCUUUCUAUGGUUCCUAUAGACAUGAAACCUCAGCCAAUUAUUCUUGCCUACAUCGAUCUUAAUCUUGAGACUUUAGCUGCCGCAAGAAUGUUGACCUCAACAGGGCCUGUGGGCCAAACUCACUGGGGUGAUUCUACAGCCAACAAUCCAUCAUCUGCCACACAUUCUGCUGAUGCCCAGUUGAAGCAAGAGCUCGCUGCCAUAUUUAAAAAAAUUGGUGACAAGCAAACAUGUACAAUUGGCCUAUAUGAACUAUAUCGCAUCACACAGCUAUACCCCAAGGUUGAUAUAUUUGCUCAGCUCCAAAAUGCUAGUGAGGCUUUCCGCACUUAUAUUAGAGAUGGUUUGGCACAGAUGGAGAAAAAUGCCGCUGCUGGCAGGACACCUUCUAGUUUGCCGAUGUCAACCCCUCCACCAUCUGCUCUUACUGCAUCCUCCCCAGAAUAUGCACCUCUUUCUCCUGUUCAUACAAACUCCAUAAAUGAUGCAAAAUCAAUGAACACGAAAUCCGAGCCAGCAAACUUUCAUCUACCUCCUGCUUAUUCUGAAGACAACAGAACUGUUAACACCAUUACUUCAAGAGGUCUCAUAUCAGAGAAUUCUUUGGCAGACCAAAGAAAUGAGAAAUUUUUAAGUGGAGUAACAACAGGAACAUUAGAUGCUAUUAGAGAAAGGAUGAAGAGUAUGCAGUUAGCUGCUGCGGCUGGGAAUCCAGAUUCGGGAAAUAGGCCAUUAACAAUUGUGAACGAUAAUUUGAGCAAUGGACUCUCUGGUCAGGUUCCUCGUGCACCAGACUCUGUUGGUUUUGAAAAUCCUGUACAGGGAGGGGUUCUUCCUAUGGAUGAGAAGGCAUUAUCCGGUCUCCAGGCGCGGAUGGAGAGACUAAAAAGUGGUGCUAUUGAUUCUCUGUAGAUUAAAACUGGAGGUAGCGCCAUAUACUCGGCAUCUUUUAUUAGGAGCAUCUUGUAUGAUCCUGAUCAUGUAAAUGGAGCGCAAAUUACAUUGUGAUCAAAAUGAGUUUAGUGUCGAUACAGAUAUCAUCUACAACCAUCAUUCUACACUGGAAUGAGUUCCAGUUCCAGGCUCAUUUUCCUCCUCUGAUGUGAAAUGAGUCCUGAAGAAACUUGCACUAUCUAGCGAUGUGCCAAAUGAUUCAGUGUGCUAGAUUGCUUGUAGGCUUUUGUAUAUUAUAGGCUGUUUUUGGCAGAUGUGCAAUUCCUUUUUAAGUUAAUACAACUGUAAACAGAUGUCAGGAGAUUUGUUGUAUACAAAUGGGGGAUUCGUGCAUAAAAAUGUUAAAUGCUGUAUCUCAGUAUUCGCAUCGAAUCCAAUUUUGCACAAGUUGUCAAUGA